AUGGACAGGAGGUACGAACCGUCAACUAACUCUUACUAUAAUAAUGGUGGUGUGAUACAUUUUAUUGAGACACUGUUUGUCCUGUAAUCAGAAAUCUUAAAAAUCAGCAGUCAAAGUAAUUAACCUGAGGUUCAGGUCAUUGAGUAAUGUCAUUCUCCUUUAUCUCUGCAGCUGACUCUGUGGAUCAAUGAGAAGAUGCUGACAGCUCAGGACAUGUCGUAUGACGAGGCCAGGAACCUCCACAGCAAGUGGCAGAAACACCAGGCCUUCAUGGCUGAGCUGGCCUCCAACAAGGACUGGCUGGACAAGAUCGACAAGGUACAGUAUGACUAUGAAGGAUUAAAUAGUCAAGUCAGGAAGAGUGGAAAAAUAAAUCAGAAAAGGUGUGUGUACCUAUAUUUUACUCUGACCCUCUCUCCCCUCUCCCCCAUUAGGAGGGCCAAGUGCUGGUGACAGAGAAGCCGGAGCUGCAGCCUGUUGUCCAACAGACUCUUGAAGGCCUGCAGAGCCAGUGGGAAGAGCUAGAGAGCACUACGCGCACCAAGGCACAGUGCCUCUUCGAUGCCAACAGGGCGGAGCUCUUCACCCAGAGCUGCUCUGCCCUGGACGUGUGGCUGAAGAACCUGUCAGGACAGCUGCAGAGCGACGACUUCGGAAAGGAUCUGACCUCCGUCAACAUCCUGCUCAAGAAGCACCAGGUGGGUGACAUUACACUGUCCAAUCCAAGCACCAUCUUUACCACUUCAAGUUCUCAGUUGUCAUACUCCUUUGUGACUAUUUGAAUGGAUAAGUGUCACUUCAAUAUCUAAAUAAAAGAGGGUAAUAACAAACAUGCUCUCCUCCUUCUCCCCGGGUCUCUGUGUAGAUGCUGGAGCACCAGAUGGAGGUACGUGAGAAGGAGGUGCAGUCGCUGCAGUCCCAGGCCCUGGCGCUGUCCCAGGAGGAUGCUGGUGUGGCUGUGGUGGAGGUGGACGGCCAGCAGAGGAGAGUCACCGACAGCUUCUCCCAGCUCCAGGACCCCCUCAACCAGAGGAGGCAGCAACUGCUCGCAUCCAAGGAGGCCCACCAGUUCAACAGAGACCUGGAGGAUGAGAUUGUGAGUGGGAUCACCUGACUGAGAUUUUAAUACAGAAUCAUCAUGUGUGUCGUAUGCACAGUUUCCUCCUGUUUGUAAUUCUUGUUUACUUUCUUCUGUCACUUAGCUGUGGGUGAAGGAGAGGAUGCCCCUGGCCACCUCCACAGACCAUGGCAAGGACCUGCCCAGUGUGCAGCUGCUCAUCAAGAAGAACCAGGUGCACAGAUGAGGGAGGAAGUCUGGACUUUUAUCAGAGCGAAAGGACAGUGGGAGGAAAUAAUGAACAUUAGAGAGGAGGUGUUGCAUUUGGCUAAACCUUUGUUUUGUCUCCCAGACUUUGCAGAAGGAGAUCCAGGGCCACCAGCCCCGUAUUGAUGACAUCCAGACCCACCGCCGGGGGAUGUCCCCAGGGCAGGAGGAGGUGGACGGGGAGUGGCAGUCUGCUCUGGAGCGCCGUCUGGUGGAGCUCCGGGACUCCUGGGCCCAGCUCAUCGCUGAGACAGAUGAGCGCCACGCCCGGCUAGUGGAAGCUAACCGUGCCCAGCAGUUCUACACCGACGCUGCCGAGGCCGAGGCCUGGAUGGGAGAGCAGGAGCUACACAUGAUGUCAGAGGACAAGGCCAAGGUGAGUGGAGAGACGGGCUGUAGCAAAGAGCUAUCUGUGUUAAUGAUGAUGCUAAUGAUGUCCAUUCUGCACACUCGAGUGCUUUGUUUAUCCUUUGCUUAAUGAUGCUGACUCCAUAUCUGUGAUGUGUGUGUGUGUGUGUGUGUGUGUGUGUGUGUGUGUGUGUGAUGUGUGUGACGCAGGAUGAGCAGAGUGCUCUGGUGAUGGUGAAGAAGCACCAGACGCUAGAACAGGCCCUGGAGGACUACGCCCAGACCAUCCACCAGCUGGCCAACAGCAGCCGCACCAUGAUGACCAGCGAACACCCAGAGAGGUGAGAGAACCCAACAGGUUAAUAAUGUAGGGAUGGGCCAGUAACCAAGUAAGCAUUGGGCCAGUAACCAAGUAAGCAUUGGGCCAGUAACCAAGUAAGCAUUGGGCCAGUAACCAAGUAAGCAUUGGGCCAGUAACCAAGUAAGCGUUGGGCCAGUAACCAAGUAAGCAUUGGGCCAGUAACCAAGUAAGCAUUGGGCCAGUAACCAAGUAAGCGUUGGGCCAGUAACCAAGUAAGCGUUGGGCCAGUAACCAAGUAAGCGUUGGGCCAGUAACCAAGUAAGCGUUGGGCCAGUAACCAAGUAAGCAUUGGGCCAGUAACCAAGUAAGCGUUGGGCCAGUAACCAAGUAAGCGUUGGGCCAGUAACCAAGUAAGCGUUGGGCCAGUAACCAAGUAAGCGUUGGGCCAGUAACCAAGUAAGCGUUGGGCCAGUAAACGAAAGGUUGCUAGUUCAAAUACCCGAGCCGACAAGCUGAAAAAUCUGUCUGUGCCCUUGAGCAAGGCACUUAAUUCUCAUUUUCUCCUAUGGCUGACCCUGUAAAACAACGCAUUUCACUGCACAUAUCCAGUGUAUGUGACAAUAAAAUAAAACAGCUUUAAAAGCUGAAUACGUAAAGCUAAUACUUUACAAUAUGAUUUAACUACGGUCACAAUGUCCCUGUCAUUACAACUGGCCUGACUCGCUUUCUCUCUCUUAUUCCCCACUAUUAUUAGCGAGCGUAUCAACCUACGGCAAGCACAGGUGGACAAGCUGUACGCAGGGCUGAAGGACCUGGCUGAGGAGCGUCGUGGGCGUCUGCAGGAGAGGCUGAGGCUGACCCAGCUGAAGAGAGAGGUGGACGACCUGGAGCAGUGGAUUGCUGAGAGGGAGGUGGUGGCUGGAUCCCAUGAGCUAGGACAGGACUACGAACAUGUCACAGUGAGUAACACUUUGGUUACACUUUUGGAUAGUCCAUCUGUAGAUGCUCUACAGACUAUCUACAGACUGUCAGUAACAUUUCAACUAACUAUCUACUAGCCCUAACCCUGAACUUAACCCUUAUCCUAACCCCAGUGCUAACCUUAACCCUAACCCUUAUUCUAAACCUAACCGUAACCUUAGCAAGUAGUUGCUUAUCAACAGAUGGUUUGUUGUAUGAUAGUAUGACUUUAUUUGGACAGUCCAUCUGUAGAUGCUCUACAGAUGGACUAUCCGGACUGUCCAAAUAAAGUGUGAUCUUCAACUACUUAGUAACACAUAAACACAGACUUAGAAACACAACACACACAGGCACUGAUUGCUCACCAACAACCCUUUUUUCUUUGUCAGUUACCUUCAAGAAGUAUGAUGAUGGUCAUCCAUAAUUAAUCCCCCCUCCUCUCCUCUCAGAUGCUGCGGGACAAGUUCCGGGAGUUUGCUCGGGACACCAGCACCAUCGGCCAGGAGCGCGUGGACGCCGUUAACGGUCAGGCCGAUGACCUCAUCGAGUCGGGUCACCCUGAGAAUGCCAGCGUGGCAGAGUGGAAGGACGGGCUGAACGAGGCGUGGGCCGACCUGCUGGAGCUGAUCGACACACGCACCCAGAUGCUGGCCGCCUCCUACGAGCUGCACCGCUUCCACCAGGACGCCCGCGAGGCCAUGGGGAGGGUCAGGGAGAAGAAGGAGGCUCUGCCAUCUGACCUGGGCCGUGACCUCAACACCGUCCAGCACCUCCACCGACAGCACAAUGCCUACGAGCAUGACAUCCAGGCCCUCAGCGGGCAGGUAGGCUGCUGCUCUUAACUCCUGACUGCACAAUGGAUUUCCCUUCAGGGACAAUAAAGAAAUUGCAUUGAAUUGAAUUAAUGUUGCACCAUACCACAAGAGUACAGGGAUACUUACAGGAACACCAGUGGGAGAAAUAACACACACUCUGUCAUUACACACUCUGCACAAACUCAAAUAUUAGAUUUAAUGCAGUGCAGGUGUUUUUUUUUAAUGCAGUACAGGAUAUUAGCAAUUUGUCAGAGCACAUGAAGUGGCAGGUUAAUGGUUUUUAAGAUCCCGUCUGCCCCCUCCCUCUCCCUCCUCAGGUGAAUCAGGUGCAGGAUGACGCAGCGCGGCUGCAGAAGGCCUAUGCUGGGGAGAAGGCUGAGGAGAUCCAGCGGAGCGAGCACUCUGUCACUGAGGCCUGGGAGGGUCUGCUGGGGGCCAGCCAGGCUCGCAGACACCUUCUGCUGGACACCGUGGAGAAGUUCCGCUUCUUCAACAUGGUGCGUGACCUCAUGCUGUGGAUGGACGGGGUCAACCUGCAGAUCGAUGCCCACGACAGCCCCAGGUCAGACCUGAUCAUUGUUGUUCUCCAAUGUUGGUUGUGUUAAGGUCAAUAGUUAGGGCGCCUAUAUGAAGUCCCUUUUACCACUGUAUUCCGCUCUCCCUCCCCAUCCUCUCUCUCUCAGGGAUGUGUCCUCUGCGGGGCUUGUCAUAGCCAACCAUCAGGACAUCAAGUCCGAGAUCGAGACCCGGGGAGACAGCUUCACCGCCUGCAAUGAGAUGGGACACUCUCUCGUCAAGAACAACCACUAUGCAUCUGAUGAGGUAUGGGCUUGGGCAUGUCACCGUUACACCACAUACAGUACAGAACACACUCCCGUCAAUUCACACACUAUAGUAUUUAGUCAAGGGAUUGGGACAAAAGCCAUUGUCAAAGUUGUGUUUAUGCAAUGUGUGAGUGGUGUUUGCAUUGUACCUCAGUGUGUAUUGUGUAGCUUGUUCAUGUGAUGUUAUUGACCUGCCUCCCUCAGAUCCGGGAGAAACUGGACCAGCUCCAAGGCAAGAGGGACGAGAUCAACAACAAGUGGCAGGACAAGAUGGACCACCUUAUGAUAGGCAUGUGGACUUCAGGCUGUGGUGGUGUUGUUUCUUCAUUUGUUUGUGUUUGUAUUACAUUUUUAAUGUUUUACAUUUUAGUCAUUUAGCAGACGCUCUUAUCCAGAGUGACUUACAAUUUGUAUGUUUUAGCAUGUGUGUUAGGUUGUGUUUUAGCAUGUGUGUUAUGGUGUGUUUUAGCAUGUGUGUUAGGUUGUGUUUUACCAUGUGUGUUAGGGUGUGUUUUAGCUUGUGUGUUAGGGUGUGUUUUAGCAUAUGUGUUAGGUUGUGUUUUAGCAUGUGUGUUAGGGUGUGUUUUAGCAUGUGUGUUAGGGUGUGUUUUAGCAUGUGUGUUAGGGUAUGUGUUUGCAUGUGUGUUAGGGUGUGUUUUAGCAUGUAUGUUAGGGUGUGUUUUAGCAUGUGUGUUAGGGUGUGUUAGGGUGUGUUUUAGCAUGUGUGUGUUUGCAUGUGUGUUAGGGUGUGUUUUAGCAUGUGUGUGUUAGGGUGUGUUUUAGCAUGUGGGUUAGGGUGUGUUUUAGCAUGUGGGUUAGGGUGUGUUUUAGCAUGUGUGUUAGGGUGUGUUUUAGCAUGUGUGUUAGGGUGUGUUUUAGCAUGUGUGUUAGGGUGUGUUUUAGCAUGUGUGUUAGGGUGUGUUUUAGCAUGUGUGUUAGGGUGUGUUUUAGCAUGUGUGUUAGGGUGUGUUUUAGCAUGUGUGUUAGGGUGUGUUUUAGCAUGUGUGUGUUUGCAUGUGUGUUAGGGUGUGUUUUAGCAUGUGUGUUAGGGUGUGUUUUAGCAUGUGUGUUAGGGUGUGUUUUAGCAUGUGUGUUUUAGCAUGUGUGUUAAGGUCUGUUUUAGCAUGUGUGUUAGGGUGUGUUUUAGCAUGUGUGUUAGGGUGUGUGUUUGCAUGUGUGUUAGGGUGUGUUUUAGCAUGUGUGUUAGGGUGUGUUUUAGCAUGUGUGUUAGGUGUGUUUUAGCAUGUGUGUUAGGGUGUGUUUUAGCAUGUGUGUUAGGGUGUGUUUUAGCAUGUGGUGUGUUUGCAUGUGUGUUAGGGUUGUGUUUUUAGCAUGUGUGUUAGGUGUGUGUUUUAGCAUGUGUGUUAGGGUGUGUUUUAGCAUGUGUGUUAGGGUGUGUUUUAGCAUGUGUGUUAGGGUGUGUUUUAGCAUGUGUGUUAGGUUGUGUUUUACCAUGUGGUGUUAGGGUGUGUUUUAGCUUGUGUGUUAGGGUGUGUUUUAGCAUAGUGUUUAGGUGUGUGUUUUUAGCAGUGUGUGUGUAGGGUGUGUUUUAGCAUGUGUGUGGUGUGUUUAGGGUGGUGUUUUAGCAUGUGUGUUAGGUAGUGUGUUGCAAUGUGUGUUAGGGGUGGUUUUAGCAUGUAGUGUUAGGGUGUGUUUUAGCAUGUGUGUUAGGGUGUGUUAGGUGUGUUUUAGCAGUGUGUUGUGUUUGCAUGUGUGUUAGGGUGUGUUUUAGCAUGUGUGUGUUUAGGUGGGUGUGUUUUAGCAUGUGGUUAGGGUGUGUUUUAGCAUGUGGGUUAGGGUGUGUUUUAGCAUGUGUGUUAGGGUGUGUUUUAGCAUGUGUGUUAGGGUGUGUUUUAGCAUGUGUGUUAGGGUGUGUUUUAGCAUGUGUGUUAGGGUGUGUUUUAGCAUGUGUGUUUAGGGUGUGUUUUAGCAUGUGGUGUUAGGGUGUGGUUUUAGCAUGUGUGUUAGGGUGUGUUUUAGCAUGUGUGUGUUUGCAUGUGUGUUAGGGUGUGUUUUAGCAUGUGUGUUAGGGUGUGUUUUAGCAUGUGUGUUAGGGUGUGUUUUAGCAUGUGUGUUUUAGCAUGUGUGUUAAGGUCUGUUUUAGCAUGUGUGUUAGGGUGUGUUUUAGCAUGUGUGUUAGGGUGUGUUUUAGCAUGUGUGUUAGGGUGUGUGUUUGCAUGUGUGUUAGGGUGUGUUUUAGCAUGUGUGUUAGGGUGUGUUUUAGCAUGUGUGUUAGGGUGUGUUUUAGCAUGUGUGUUUUAGCAUGUGUGUUAAGGUCUGUUUUAGCAUGUUGUUAGGGGGUGUUUUAGCAUGUGUGUUAGGGUGUGUUUUAGCAUGUGUGUUAGGGUGUGUGUUUGCAAUGUGUGUUAGGGUGUGGUUUUAGCAUGUGUGUUAGGGUUGUGUUUAGCAUGUGUGUUAGGGUGUGUUUUAGCAUGUGUGUUAGGGUGUGUUUUAGCAUGUGUGUUAGGGUGUGUUUUAGCAUGUGUGUGUUUGCAUGUGUGUUAGGGUGUGUUUUAGCAUGUGUGUUAGGGUGUGUUUUAGCAUGUGUGUUAGGGUGUGUUUUAGCAUGUGUGUUAGGGUGUGUUUUAGCAUGUGUGUUAGGGUGUGUUUUAGUAUGUGUGUUAAGGUCUGUUUUAGCAUGUGUGUUAGGGUGUGUGUUUGCAUGUGUGUUAGGGUAUGUUUUAGCAUGUGUGUUAGAGUGUGUGUUUGCAUGUGUUUUAGUAUCUUUUAGCGUGUGUGUUAGGGUGUGUGUUUGUGCGUGAUCCUUUCAUGGUUACUCAUUAUUUUCUCCUGUCUCAGUUCUGGAGGUGCUGCAGUUCGGCCGGGAUGCGUACGUGGCUGAGACAUGGCUGGCAGGCCAGGAGCCCCUGGUGCGGGGGGCCGAGCUGGGCUCUAACGUGGACGAGGUGGAGAGCCUGAUCAAACGCCACGAGGCCUUCGAGAAGCUAGCCGCCGGCUGGGAGGAGCGCUUCACCCUACUGGAGAAACUCACUACGGUGAGAGGAGGGGGGACAGGGGGACAGGGGGUGGGGGGCAGGAGGGAGGAGGAGAACAGAGGGCAAGGACUGGAGGGAGGAGGGGGACAGGGGGCAGGACUGGAGGGAGGGAGGAGGGGGACAGGGGGAAGGACUGGAGGGAGGAGGGGGGACAGGGGGCAGGACUGGAGGGAGAAGGGGGACAGGGGGCAGGACUGGAGGGGGACAGGGGGAAGGACAGGAGGGGGACAGGGGGCAGGACUGGGGGGAGAAGGGGAACAGGGGGGCAGGACUGGAGGGAGGAGGGGGACAGGGGGCAGGACUGGAGGGAGAAGGGGGACAGGGGGCAGGACUGAAGGAGGAGGGGGACAGGGGGGCAGGACUGGAGGGAGAAGGGGGACAGGGGCCCAGGACUGUAGGGAGAAGGGGGACAGGGGGCAGGACUGGAGGGAGGAGGGGGACAGGGGGCAGGACUGGAGGAGGAGGGGGACAGGGGGCAGGACUGGAGGGAGGAGGGGGACAGGGGGGCAGGACUGGAGGGGGACAGGGGGCAGGAAUGUAGGGAGGAGGGGGACAGGGGUUAGGACUGGAGGGAGGAGGGGGGCAGGACUGGAGGGAGGAGGGGGACAGGGGGCCAGGACUGGAGGGAGGAGGGGGACAGGGGGCAGGACUGGAGGGAGGAGGGGGACAGGGGCAGGACUGGAGGGAGGAGGGGGACAGGGGGAAGGACUGGAGGGAGGAGGGGGACAGGGGGCAGGACUGGAGGGAGGAGGGGGACAGGGGCCAGGACUGGAGGGAGAAGGGGGACAGGGGCCAGGACUGUAGGGAGAAGGGGGACAGGGGGCAGGACUGGAGGGAGGAGGGGGACAGGGGGGCAGGACUGGAGGGAGGAGGGGGGACAGGGGGAAGGACUGGAGGGAGGAGGGGGACAGGGGGCAGGACUGGGGGGAGGAGGGGAACGGGGGCAGGACUGGAGGGAGGAGGGGGGACAGGGGGCAGGACUGGAGGGAGGAGGGGGACAGGGGGCAGGACUGGAGGGGGGACAGGGGGAAGGACUGGAGGGAGGAGGGGGACAGGGGGCAGGACUGGGGGGAGGAGGGGGAACAGGGGGCAGGACUGGAGGGAGGAGGGGGACAGGGGGCAGGGACUGGAGGGAGGAGGGGGACAGGGGGCAGGACUGGAGGGGGGACAGGGGGCAGGAAUGUAGGGAGGAGGGGGACAGGGGUUAGGACUGGAGGGAGGAGGGGGGCAGGACUGGAGGGAGGAGGGGGACAGGGGGGCAGGACUGGAGGGAGAAGGGGGACAGGGGGCAGGACUGGAGGGAGAAGGGGGACAGGGGGCAGGACUGGAGGGAGAAGGGGGACAGGGGGCAGGACUGGAGGGAGGAGGGGGACAGGGGGCAGGACUGGAGGGAGGAGGGGGACAGGGGGGCAGGACUGGAGGGAGAAGGGGGACAGGGGGCAGGACUGGAGGGAGGAGGGGGACAGGGGGCAGGACUGGAGGGAGAAGGGGGGACAGGGGGCAGGACUGGAGGGAGAAGGGGGACAGGGGGCAGGACUGGAGGGAGAAGGGGGACAGGGGGCAGGACUGGAGGGAGGAGGGGGACAGGGGGCAGGACUGGAGGGAGGAGGGGGGCAGGACUGGAGGGAGGAGGGGGUCAGGGGGCAGGACUGGAGGGGGACAGGGGGCAGGACUGUAGGGAGGAGGGGGACAGGGGGCAGGACUGGAGGGAGGAGGGGGACUGGGGGCAGGACUGGAGGGAGGAGGGGGACAGGGGGCAGGACUGGAGGGAGGAGGGGGACAGGGGGCAGGACGGGAGGGAGGAGGGGGACAGGGGGCAGGACUGGAGGGAGAAGGGGGACAGGGGGCAGGACUGGAGGGAGGAGGGGGACAGGGGGCAGGACUGGAGGAGGAGGGGGACAGGGGGCAGGACUGGAGGGAGGAGGGGGACAGAGGGCAGGACUGGAGGGAGGAGGGGGACAGGGGGCAGGACUGGAGGGAGGAGGGGGACAGGGGGCAGGAGGAAAUGGGUCAAGGUUAAGAGGUCGGAAAUGGGAAGAUGGUGGACCAGGGCAGGAGUUGGGAGGAUGCAUGGGCUUGGCAUUGGUAGGAAGGUAGGGUAGUGUCUUCUCUAACAGCCACUAACCUGGGCUUCCCUUUCAGCUGGAGGAGCAGGAGAUCCAGAGGCAGAGAGAGGAGGAGGAGAGGGCGAGGCGACCCUCCACACCACCUCCUACAGAAGAGGUGGCCCCGUCUGAGGCUGAAACACAUGAUGCCAGGUAAGACUGGAGGGACUCCUAGUAACCAGAGAUAUUUGAUGUGGUUUUUUUCUUCUCCAUAAUCUCCCGUUAGACGUCGUUCUCACUCUCUUUCACCCUCCUGUGUAACCCAGGACCAGCCUGGACCAGACCACACUGAACCAGUCAGUAUCAGUGAAUGGAGUCCACAGCGACCAAGACACCUCACAGGUGAGAGUGAACAUUGAGAGACAGAAUAUCCAAAUUGAAUCAUAUCUAGUCAAAGAUUCUUACCUCCUGUUUAAUAUACUCAAAUUAAACUAUUAAAAGCCCCCCCAUUAAACUCCAGAUUUAAAUAUUCCACAUUUUCACCACAGUAUAAGUCCAUAAAGUGUUGUUUCAUGUUUUAUGUCUUGUUCCUCUUCAUGUUGUCUUGUCAAUGUAUGUUUUGAGGAGAUCUGAAUGAAAGAUUUUAAAUGUUCUAUGUGUGAGAGAAUCUAUUUAGUAUAACUCAUGUGGAUAACUGGAUCCAAACCUGUAAGUAUACGUUAGACGUGAGUCACUGUUUGUCCGUUUAUGAUAUAAGUGUGCGUCACAUUGUAAUAUCUAUGUGUGUGUGGUGUGUGUGUGUGUGUGUGUGUGUCAGGGUCUCUUUCAAACACGUUAGCAUAGUGUAGCAUGCUAUUUUCAAGCACAAGGACUUCUUAACUAUGUCUUGUUGCAUCUUUACCUGCAGUCGUUGUCAGUAUCGUCAGUGUCAGUGGAAAAGAAAGAGAAAUGUGAACCUGUCUCUAAACCUGUGUCUAAGCAAAAGCAUCCGCCGCGUGUGAGUACCUAUCCUAGCCCUAGCCUAGCUUCCUCAUCCCCCCCCCCCCCCAUCACUGCCUGCACUCAGCUCCUGGUCUACUGCAGUACCUCAGCAUGGCCUACUAGAGGGCGUCAUCGUCCUCUGUCACUGCUGUACCAUUUGCUUUAUUUGAUUGUGAACAAGCACACUGUCCCAUUGAUGUUCUGGCCCCAUGCCUUACACAGAUCACAUUAAUGAUGCCAUUAUGUCUCAAUUGAGGAAACUUAGGCUCUCAAGCCUUUCUGGGUGCUGUUUCGUUUGUGCCCAUCUUCAAAAGGACCAGGACAUGAGUGUUUGUAAGAGCAGUUAGUUGCUGUGGUAGUUUCAGCACCAAACUAUUGUGAUGAGUGUUGUCCUAAGCUGGAAGCUAUAGCUGUUUCCUACAUAGCAGGUCCCUGGGUGGGGUGUGCCUAGCUUGGUUGGGUGGUUUUGAAUGCAGUGUUAGUAUGAAAAGAUUUUUUGACAAGAGGAAAUGUUGAUUUCCUUUAAAAUUGAAUUUGAUGUUGUGUGCCAGGAAACAAAGAAAACAAUGCCACACCCCCUUUAAACAUUUGAGCAACAAGCAAGCUUGUAUCAUAGCAACACUAUGAGAAUGCGUUCUGCUGCAUUUGUCAUGUUCCAAGUAUGGAUUGUAAAAGUUAAAACACAUUUCUACAUUUUUCUAAGUUGCCCUGUAAGGCAGGAAGUGACGUCCAGAUGAAGGUUGACCCUCCAUCUGUGGGGUUGGAGCUGUUCUGUUCUCCAUGUGUCUGUUGCUGUUGCUGUGUUUCUGUGUCAGUCUCUCUGUGUAGUCCUAUAUGUGUUUUCUACAUCCUGUUCAAAGCUACCAUAAUGCAUUUGAAUAUGGCCAUUUUGCUGUUGUCUCUAAAGCGUUGAUCAUUUUGUCAACUUCAGACCGACAGUCAAUGACUGGUAUUACAGGCUUAUAGUUUGGAAUGGUUUUGUUCAUGUGUCAUGACUGCCGCGUGUCUUCCAUGUUGGACGACAGGGUUCUGAUUCUGACUCUGUGAAUGGUCCGGGGAGAGACAGCGGGCUGGCGUCUUCACGCCUGGACCCAUCUGCCACGCUACCCAGCAAGAGAGUUGACCCUGGCACAGACGCCAUGGAGGGCAUGCUCUACCGCAAGCAGGAGAUGGAGUCCCACGCCAAGAAGGCAGCUAGCAGGUGAGACAUUGGGAGGGGAAUGGGAAUGGGGCAGGGGGCAUGGAGGGGCGUCUUGGAGGGAGAGUGGGAGUGUACUCAAAUGUAAAUGGAGAGCCCUAGUUCAUAUAGACUCAUCUGUUGAAGGAUGGGAUUAAUAUAAGCAAAUGCAAUAUCAAUUUAUGAAAUGUACAUGCUUUUUUAAAAGAAAAUUGCAUUUUGUGUGUGGUAUGUCGCCAUGAACUCUUUGGUGAUGUUCCUAACCUUUUCAGGCGCAUGCCUGCAUGCCUUCCGCCAACAGCUUCACUCUCUCUUCCCAUAGGUCCUGGCAGAAUGUGUACUGUGUUCUGCGUAAGGGCAGCCUUGGCUUCUACAAGGACCAGAAGAGCGCCUCCAAUGGGAUCCCCUACCACGGAGAGGUCCCCAUCAGCCUGGGAGAGGCUGUGUGUGAGGUCGCACACGACUACAAGAAGAGGAAACAUGUCUUCAAGCUACGGUGAAAGGAGAGGGAGGGGAAACUGGACAGUUUGAAUAGAGAAUAGUCUUGUAAACUAAACUAAAUAGCAAGGGAUUGUGAUGUGCAUCUAUACUGACCCAAGUUUUCUGUUCUACAUUGUGUGUCUGCAGGCUAGGGGACGGUAAGGAGUUCCUGUUCCAAGCUAAAGAUGAGGUGAGUGUCACAUUUCAAACCAAACAAGAUUCUGACGCUCCUCUGGUGUAUGUGCCCUACUGAGGACUAACCCUGUGUUGUCUGUCCCAGACGGAGAUGGCCUCGUGGAUCCACUCCAUUCAUAGCUCCAUCCCAGCAGGGGGGUCAGGAGACCGCUCCCCCGGAGGUCCCAGGGCCCUGAGCCGAGCUAUGACCAUGCCCCCCAUCUCCCCCAGCUCAGCGGACGCUGCCGGAGUCACAAUGCGCAACAAGGAGGGCAAGGAGAAGGACCGUGAGAAGAGGUUCAGCUUCUUUAGCAAGAAGAAAUAAAACAUUUGGAAAACAACAUCAAGGAAAAUGAUAUUCCUCAAAAUUCCAACAAACUGAAACAGGCAGAAAGGAAAGCACUCUUGUCGCAUAAACGCAUCGCUGUCGGCCCUGGUCCUAUGGGGUUUGUCUAGUUUGUGGUUCACACAGAGCUUGCUCUUUCUCGCGCUCUCCUCUCUUUUUUCAUUUGUCAUCUCUUUCCAUUUCAUAUCGCUCUUGCCUUCUCCAUCUCUCACAUUGGCUUCAUCCUACCAAUGUAAGCCCUUGUCCAUAGCUUUAGUGGCAUUUUCAGCCGAUAAGCAGGGUUUGUUGAUCAGAGUCACUAAUAAGAGCUCUCUUUGACCUCAUCAUCGGGGGAAACCAAGGGGUUUGUUGGGAGAGAAGAGGGCAGGGGGGGUUAGCAUUAGCAGAGCCAAGAGGCUAUAAGGACCCUUAGAGUCAUUUCUCUUUCAUUCAACCACACUGGAUAAUGUUUUGGUUUAUAUUAGUCCUGGCUCAACCAAUCUUUAGACAAGCAAAGUACUUUAAUGCUGUUUUACCAAUAACAGAGAAACUGUGGUAGAGGGUGUCCCCAGGUCCCCUCUUCCAGUCUCUCUCCUUUUCUCUCUGGCGCUCCUUGGGUAGGACCACAUCAUUUUGUUUUUGUUUUUGGUAUUGGUGUUAUUAUAAUUUUAAUGUAUCUUUUUGCAGGUUUGAGGGGGGGGGGGGGGGGAUAAACUAUUUAAAGAGUAUGUCAGUAGAUAUCUUGAGUCAUGUUGCAGAGCAAAACAAGAGUUUGAUCUACGGGACCAUGUUAGUCUUGUUUCUUUUUUCUAGGAAGGACCGUUAUUGAGGUGUUUAAAAAAGAAAGCUCAGUAAAUUUUAGCAGUGUGCAGUAAGUGAUUUUCACCAGUGGGAAAUUAUAUAUAUUUAAAGUGGUUUAAUUUUUUAUUUUAACUUGGAUCUUGCCUGUAUUCGAUUUUGUUAUUCUGAGGGAUUAUUUUUGAUUUGAUUUAGAAUUUCAUUUUCUAGUCAGGGAGAGAGUAUGAGUUGUGGUGAUGUGGGUUUUGCACGUUUUUUUAUUUAUUUUUUCUAAAUCAGAAGCGUCCAGUUGGAUGCUGCUUUUCUGACUUAACAUACACACACACACACUCACCAUACACACACACACUCACCAUACACACACACACGCUCAAAUAAGUUGUUGGAAUGGCUUUCUAUAAGGAUUCAUGUUUUGUUUUUGUUUUGUUUUUGGGGGGGGGGGGGGGGUUGAAUAUGUAGAUGACAAUGCGAAUUAAUUAAUUAAACCUUCCUCCUAGAUGAUUUUCAGACUUCAGUUUUACUCUUCACACACUUCCUCCUGGUCCUUCUGUUGUUUUGUAAUGGGAGGGCUGGGGCAGGUUAACACUGUUGGUUAACACUGCCAGUGUCCAACACUAGUGAGGAUUGUAAGCAGAAGCACAUCCAUGUGGCAUGGGGUCGGGGAGGUGGGCUAGUAGGAAGAGGGGGGCAGAGGUUUCAUUACAGGUGGGGUCGGGGCGCUGAGGAGUGGGGUGGAAUUAGAGGAUGUGAUGUGCUGGAUGAGGGAGAAGAAGACCUUACUGCAGCCCACUGACUUUUUAACCCUUUAUCAGCCCAGUCAUUCCUUCUAUUUGAAUAGCGCUUAAUCACAAAGGAAGCUUAAUCGCUCUCAAAACAAAUCUCAGAAGAAUGUUUAAUAUGUGCCCCUUGGCAUUGACUAUAUGUAUAUGGAUUCUGUACCCAGGUUCCAUUGAGCACAUACAGACAGGCCCACCUGCAGCAGCGGUUGAAGGAAGUGAAAUGCAGGCAUAGCUGUGUUGGAUUGGAAGAGGCGUGA